AUGUCUCGCGCAGCAAAAUUAACACUCUUCGGCACUUCACUCUUCGCCGCCGGCACUAUAGUCUUCGUACAUUAUGCGCAGACGGCCGAGAAAGCUGCAAUGCACGCAGGCGUAAUCCGAGACAUGGAACAACAGCGCAUAAAAAAAGAGCGCCAGUUAGAUUUCGAUUUGCAGCGGGCGAUGGAAGAAGAAUAUAGGAAGGUGCAGAAUGUUAGUGAUGGGACUACGAGGUGA